AUCCGCGCGUUCUAUGCGCGCGCUGGCUGGCGGUAGCCGGAAUCGCCGGGUUGUUGAGAGCGUCGCUCUGAACAGCGCAUGAUGUGUACGAGCGACUUGAGGCGAUUUCAGCGCUUUCUCACAACUUAUGCUUAAAAACACUCGUGGCGAGUCACCUGUGAGACAUUGUAUUUCUUUUCUUUUAUUGCUAGUGUUGAGUAUUGUUUCGAUAGCUUUCAGAUGGAUUUGUUCAGCGAUCUCCCAGAGCCAGCAGAAAGCGUGUCCAAGGCCGUUCGGCAGGAGCCAGUGACCAAGGAGAUCGGCCGAAAACUGAUCACGAAGGCGCAGAACGACGCACUUUUCGACGAUUUGCCAUCACCCUCUUCAGCCGAGGAAAAGGAGCCCGUUCCACAGUCAAUCAAGAGGCCCCGAGAAGAUGAGGAGGACGCGCAGAAUAAGAGGCCCGCGCAAAGUGUCAUUACGCUGCGUGGCUUCGUGGCGGAACGCAAGGGAGAGCGGGAGGACAUGCAAGACGCGCACGUCAUCCAAGAUGCUUACCACACAGACAUUCCUCAGUUGCACGGUUCCAUAUGUCGGCUUGCAUACUAUGCUGUCUUUGACGGGCACAACGGUUCGAGAGCGUCGCGGCACGCAGCUCAGCAGCUGCAUCGGCAGCUCGCCACCCGAUUCCCGAAGGGUGACAUGAGCCACGUGGAAAAGGAAAUCAAGCGAAGCAUCAUGGAGAGCUUCAAGAAGACAGACGAGGAUUUCCUCAAGAGGGCAGCGAGUUGCAAACCUUCUUGGAAAGACGGCACAACAGCUGUUAUUGUGGUUGCCAUUAACAAUACACUUUACAUUGCCAACCUCGGUGACAGCAAGGCCAUCUUGUGCCGAUACCAUGAGGAGUCGCAGAAGCACAUCGCGCUUCCGCUGAGCAAAGAUCACAGUCCAACGGACUAUGGUGAAAGGAUGCGCAUCCAAAAGGCAGGAGGAUAUGUGAAGGACGGACGAGUGCUAGGUGUGCUGGAGGUGUCACGCUCUAUUGGGGAUGGCCAGUACAAGCGGUGUGGUGUCAGCUGCCUCCCAGACGUAAUGCGUUGCCAGCUGACGCCUGCCGACCGUUUCCUUGUGCUUGCCUGUGACGGUCUCUGGAAGGUCUUCACCUCGGACCAGGUUCUUGCAAGUGUGCUCGCCACUUUGCAGGAUGAAACGAUAACAGCAGAAGGGGACAAGAAGAGGACACUGGAGCUGCGAUAUGAGGCCGCCUGCAGCAAACUCGCCAAUGAAGCUGUGCGGAAGCUGAGCGGAGACAAUGUCACCGUUGUCAUUGUUGACAUAGAGAAAGAUAGGCAGUGAAUCCUUGGGCCAGCUUUGGGGAGCGUUCCUGGUAUUGGUGCCCCAGAGGUUCUUAUGCAGCAAUAUUACUUUUUCUUCAGCCUUCA